AUGGACGACUCUGCUGCGGCGUCCAGGCCAGAGAACCGGCUGCACUUCUGGGAGACGGUGCCGGGAGCAGUCCGCGGGGAAGGGGUCCGGAGACAUGGGGUGGCGGUGGCGGAGCGCGGCGGGGCAGGGCGGACAGGUGGCGGCGCAACGGCAGUAGGCGGGGCCGGCGGCGCUGGGGUUAAUGUCCGCCCCGCCCCGGCCGCACUGACUCAGUUUCACCAGAAACCCGGGGAGGAAGUGGCCGAGCCUCAGCGCACCCGGCACCGGGGCGGAAGCGGGGGCCCGAGCCGCGCAGGAAGCCGGGACCGGAACCUCGGCAGGGGCAGCCCCACCCCACUCACCUGCGCAGGUAACCCGGGCCCCGGAGCGCGAGGCGGGGACCGAGCGGGCUCGGAGCAUGUGUGGCCCUUUGUUCUGCGCUGCUGCGUGUGCCCGGGUCUCAAGCACCCUCGGAGCCCAGAGGGCCGCACAGUGAAGGUGACCCCCGUGGGGAGGAGGGCAACGGCCCCGGGAAGGAUGAUGGCCCGUGCCCGCCUCUCCCAGGCCAGCGUCCCAGCAGUCACCGUGUGGCUCCUGUGCGCCCUCGGUCUCUUGGGCACCGAGGCCGGGCCGCCGCCCGCGCCCCCCGGCCUGCCCGCGGGAGGCGCCUGCCUGGACCGCUUUACCGCCGGGGUGCCUGCCUUCGUGCUCGACACCGAGGCCUCGGUCGGCAACGGGGCCACCUUCCUGGGCUCCCCGACUGUGCGCCGCGGCUGGGACUGCGUGCGCGCCUGCUGCACCACCCAGAACUGCAACCUGGCGCUGGUGGAGCUGCAGCCCGACGGCGGGGAGGACGCCAUUGCCGCUUGCUUCCUAAUGAACUGCCUCUACGAGCAGAACUUCGUGUGCAAGUUCGCACCCAGGGAGGGCUUCAUCAACUACCUCACGCGGGAGGUUUACCGCUCCUACCGCGAGCUUCGGACCCAGGGCUUUGGAGGGUCCCGGAUCCCCAAGACCUGGGCAGGCAUAGACUUGAAGGUGCAGCCCCAGGAACCGCUGGUGCUGAAGGGUGUGGAGAACACAGAUUGGUCCCUACUGCAGGGUGACACAGAUGUCAGAAUAGAGAAGAAUGAGAUGGACCAGGUGAAGCUGUGGGGACUCAAGGAAGGCACCUACCUGUUCCAGCUGACAGUGGCCGACUCAGACCAGCCAGAGAGCACGGCCAAUGUCACAGUUACUGUGUUGUCUGCCAAGCAGACAGAAGAAUAUUGCCUUGCAUCCAACAAGGUGGGCCGCUGCCGCGGUUCCUUCCCCCGCUGGUACUACGACCCCACGGAACAGAUUUGCAAGAGUUUCAUUUAUGGAGGUUGCUUGGGCAAUAAGAACAACUACCUUCGGGAAGAAGAGUGCAAGCUAGCCUGCCGGGAUGUGCAAGGCCCCUCAAUGGACAGGCACCGUCCAGUGUGCUCUGGCACCUGUCACCCCACCGAGUUCCGCUGCAGCAAUGGCUGCUGCAUCGACCGCUUCCUGGAGUGUGACGACACUCCCGACUGCCCCGACGCCUCUGAUGAGGCCACCUGUGAAAAAUACACCAGUGGCUUCGAGGAGCUCCAGAACAUCCAUUUCCCCAGUGACAAAGGGCAUUGCGUGGACCUGCCAGACACAGGCCUCUGCCUGGAGAACAUCCCACGCUGGUACUACAACCCCUUAAGUGAACGCUGUGCCCGCUUCACCUAUGGUGGUUGUUAUGGCAACAAGAACAAUUUUGAGGAGGAGCAGCAAUGUCUCGAGUCCUGUCGUGGCAUCUCCAAGAAGGAUGUUUUUGAUCUGCAGCGGGAAAACCCCAUUCCUAAUGUAGGCUCCGUGGAGGUGGCCAUUGCAGUAUUCCUGGCCACCUGCAUCGUGGUGGUGGUCACCAUACUGGGUUACUGCUUCUUCAAGAACCAGAGAAAGGACUUCCACAGACACCACCACCACCACCACCACCACUGCCACCCCCAACCCCCUACCCCUGCCAGCUCCACAGUCUCGACCACAGAGGACACGGAGCACCUGGUCUAUAACCACACAACCCGGCCCCUCUGAGCCUGGGGCUACCUUGGCCUUUCACUCUAGAACUCUCGCAGACGCUUUCCAGCUCUCACCUGGCCCUGCUUCCUUUUUGCCAAGAUGGAAGCCUGAGCUGGGGAAGACUUUGGGGCCAGACCGCUCUAGCCUGUUUCCCAGGCCCACUCCUGAGGCCAGGCUCCAGCCCCUCUGGGAUAUGUCUCAGCUAAGCUUAGGCCUCUGGUUCCUGAGAAAGCUCCAGGGCCUGGGAGGAGCAGAAAACCUUUGAACCCAGAGUCCCACACACAGAUGGACCUGUCUGCCUGGGAUCUCAAAGAAGUUGGAGUUUUGUUUCCUGUUCAAAGCUGCAAUGUCAGAAGCUGGAGGUCCCAGCCCUGCCCUUCAGACCUGGCCCUGUCACUAUGCACAGUUGAGGGCUGGGGGGUAGGACCUCCCUGUAUAUUUUGUGCUGUAUAGAGUUCCUUUUUGUUUAUUUAAUGCCAUGGGGAUGGGUGAGAGGAGUGGGAAGGGGCUGCCUCUUCCCUGCCCCCAAGAGUGCACCCUGCAGAGCCUGAUGCUCUGUAUCCUCCCCACAUGCCCCAGGGCUCUCAGGCAUCACACCCCACCCAUCCCCCUGCCCUCCACAGGCCCCAGUCCACCCACAGUAUAAUAAAAUAGUUGGUUCUGUGA